AUGCCAGCGAUUCCGGACAGAGCGCAGACAGAGGACUCGACGAGUUUCAGUCCGGAUGCUUACUUUGACGCUUGGGAAAAGGGCGCCAUUGAACCGCUGUACAAGAAUGAUUUCCGCAAGUUCAUCCUGACCACCUUCGGCCUACCUCAUGAUGAUACAUAUACAUAUGCCGCCGUUGCAGAGGUGACUCUUCUCCAAGCCCAGACCUAUGUCGAGUUUGGGGGCCAGGGUGGACUGCAUGCCUGGUACAGAGACAAUGAAGGCAAGCCACUACCACCUCCGCCUGCCGUCGAUAUAGCCGCUUAUACAAACAUCUUCAAGAGCACGACAAAUACCCAGAAGGCUCUCGUCGGUCUGGCUUCGAAUGCGAAAAAGGACUCGAUUCGUGCCUCUGUCGGCCAACACUUACAAAGUCUAUACCACCCUCCAUCGCCCGAACACAAGAUUGUCAUCUCGAAGCUGAAGAAAGAGCACACAAACCCCUACUUUGAUGUCUGGGCCUGGUCAUGUCAGAAUCUCGAGUGGGCUGGCCCCGAAGAUGCCACGAGCAAGGUCCGAUUCUCGCAUGCCAUCCUACCAAUUCUAUACCACCACUUUGGAUGUGUCUGCCCGUCUUACGAGGCCCUCUCCGUCAUCUAUCAGCUGGCCAACGGUCGUCCCGUCAUCGAUCUGGGCAGUGGAAAUGGUUAUUGGUCCUACAUGCUCAGAGUCUUCAACAAGCAGAAGCCUCUGACUGUUGUCCCUGUUGACAACGGCAUCAGCGAGUGGAGGACUGUCUGGGUCCCCGACACUAUCCAAGUUGACGGUGUUGAUCAUCUCAAGAAGAACAAUGACGGCAAGGACCAGGUCUUGUUGCUGGUCUACCCUCAAGUCGGUCUCGAAUUUACCUCCAAGAUCCUCAAAGCAUACANNGGUGAUACCAUCAUCUGCGCAGGUACUCAAAAUUCAAACGGCUACACUGCCUUUGCCAAAGAGACCAUCGCAGAUUGGAUCGCGAGAGAGAUGCCCGUGUUUGAGAAGGUCUGCCAGAUUCCCUUGCCCAGCUUUGCGGCCAAGGACGAAGCUCUUUUUGCCUUCCGGAGGAAAGCUUCGUAG